CAUGACUUUUCUGCUCGAUUGUGUUUCACUCAAGAAGGCGAUCUCGCGUAACGUAUUACGACGUUCGAUCAUCUAAAGACUAGACAAACCCAUGUACUAUGAUCUUGCCUAUAAAAGAUGUUGCAAAAACUUAAUCAAGAAAGUCGGCAUAUUACCGACGAUUGGCAAACUCGCGAAACCGAUUCGGAAAUAAGCGACAAUGAUUUCAUCACGAAGGGUGCAUUCCUUUUAACACCUAGCCAUGACUUCAAUAUAGAAAAAGCAGCGGCCAUUUGUGAAAAAAUGAACUUCCGUGGAGCAUUUUCUUUAACAAAAACAGCUACUGGAAUACUUUUUAAAUUUAGCAACACUGAUGAUUAUCAUGCAGUGUACAAGAAAGGUUUUCACAAAAUAACUGGUGCACGUUUUUACAAGAAGAUUGCUAUACCAUGUAGACCAGCAAAGACGUUUACCGUAUACGUUUUAGAUGUGCCAGAGGAAUUACCAGAAGAUGAUAUCAGACAUGCUUUAUUUAAAUAUCGUUCCAUAGUGGAAGUAACAAGGGUACCUUUAGCCACUGGAACUGUUUUAAAAGCCAUCAAUGAUAGAUUAAAAAAUGAAGCGCAAACUGUAAAUGAGCCAGCAACAAUAUACACAGGACCACCUGUUAUACGAGUUACCCUUGCCAGUUUGGAAGAAACUACUAUAUUGCUUAGUCAAGGAUUAGAUUUUUACGGAGCAACUUAUUUUCCUACUGACACUCCAUUUACUUCAUCACAAUCUCUUGUAAAAUAUAAAAGCAACAGGUUAAUAAACUAUAUCUGUGUAAGUGCGAAGAUAUCAUAUUUAAUAUUUUCUAAAUAUCUAUUUAUUUUAGAUGGAAUGAACUUUCAUCAGUCUAUCCUGGCCAAAGAGUUAGAGAUUUACUACCAGUCUUUGAUAAUACUGGCUUCGAUAAGAUUCCACCACCUACGAGUCGUAUGAUAAAACCACCAAAAAAUUGAUAUAAGAAAAAUAAAAGCAUUUUUGAUAUAAUUUUGCUUUGAUGUUAAUUAAGUCUCAAUAAAUAUAAUAAA